UCUAAUGUGGCGUUGAAGAUGGACGUUAAAACACGCGGCAAGACACGGGGAAGACGAUUUUCUGGAACAUGGGCUACUUUCUCCACUCUCUUGAGGAAAGGACAUUCGCAGAUGGCUCAGAUGUCCGAAGGCCGCCGCAGCCAGGUGGUAUUGCUAGAUGAACGAAGAUUAGACUUAAUAAUACAGUCAAGAUUAUAUGCCGGUGAAUUACUUGAUAUUGUUGCAUCUCAUUUCAAUCUAAAAGAAAAGGAAUACUUUGGUAUAGCCUUUAUAGAUGACACGGGACAGUAUUCGUGGUUGCAGCUUGAUAAACGAGUAUGGGAACAUGAAUUCCCGAAAAAAUCGUUGCUACAAGGAUCCACUUUAACCUUUUAUUUCCGAAUAAAAUAUUUUGUUGAGAGUAUUACCCAGCUUUAUGACAGUGCAACUAUUGAAGCAUUUUAUUUACAAACUAAGUCACUAAUAGCAAAAGGAGAAUUAGAAGUUGAUAGUGAAAUUAUAUUUCAACUUGCUGCAUUAGUCAUUCAAGCCACUUAUGGUGAUUAUACAGACGAGCAAGUUUUUAAAUCUCAUUUGAAAAGACUGCCAGUUUUACCUCUUUCAACUCUCAAAGAGUACCCUUCCAUUGCUAGCUGUGAGAGUAAAGUUCUUGAACAUUAUAAAAGUCUUGCUGGUCAGACUAGAGGUGCUGCUAUUGUGAACUAUCUCAGCAUUGUUGAAAGUUUACCAACAUAUGGACAACACUAUUAUGAGAUAAAAGAUAAAAGUGGAAAUCCGUGUUGGUUGGGUUUGAGUUACAGAGGUAUUAGCCAAUAUGACAAAAAUGAUCGUCGUACACCCAGAAAGGGUAUGCCUUUAUUAAAUGUUUUUCUAUGGAAACAACUGGAAAAUUUAUACUACCGUGACAGGAAAUUCACUGUUGAAGUUCAUGAAGCUCGUAGGGUUGUCCACACUCUCAGUAGUUUCAAUCUUUAUGAGGAUGCUAUAGAAGAACCUGUUGAAGAAUUUGAUGAUCUUUCCAAUGCCAUCUGCGAUCCUACUACUCAGGUAUCUGUCAGUCGAAGAGCUCUUGCCCCUGCAAGUGUUACUGUAUAUGUAUGGUAUGCUGCAUCACCAAAUAUUGCAAAAUGUAUCUGGUCGAUGGCAAUUGCUCAACACCAAUUUUUUUUGGACCGCAAUCACAAAAAAAGCCGCACUUGUGUUGUAAGAAGUUUAAGUCAAAUUGCAUCUGAACUCUGUCGAAGUGUUCAGUCUCUCUCAUCUGCAAGUUCACAGUCAAAUAUCAGUAGAAGUAAUAGCUCCACUAGUUUGCCAACUAUUAUAAUUGAAGGAGAAUUAAGUGAAGAAAGCAAGGCAGCUACCAUCGAAAUGUUAACUGCCCUUCAAUCACGAAGGGAUGCACUCCAAGAUGCUCUUAAGAAAAAAACAGAGGAACUCAAAGCACUUUGCUUAAAGGAAGGAGAAAUUACUGGUGAACUUCCCCCUGAAACUCCUUUUCAGCCAGGAGAAGCACAGCCUCAAGUUAGACGAAGGGUUGGAACUUCUUUUACCCUGAGUGAUAAAUUUAUUUGUAGAGCCAAAAGCAAAGAUAGACAGACAUUAAACGACUUAGAACUCCACUAUGAAAUUCAGAGUAAAAUUGCAUCUGCUGCAUUUAAGCUUGCUAAUGAUAUGACAGCACGAAAAAGUGUUCGUAAGCUGCGCAAAGUUUCCUACCAGCAAGCAGCAAAUAAGCUGAAGGAAAUUGAACAAAAAUUAUGUACAUUGAAAAGAGAGAAAGAUACUUUAAAGAAAACUCAAAAUGUAGCUAGCAGUGGUACAGUUGAUGACAGUGGAAUAAAUCGUCUAGGUCUACCUAUUUCUUCUUCAGAUAACUCAAUUUCUGAUCAGAGUAAUUUUAACUCAACAUUAAAUGCUGCUUCGGUUCCUCCUUCUACAUCAUUGCCUCAGCUGAGUGAAACUACAUGUUUGUCGGCUCCUCCAAGUCCAGCAAAAUGUCGGCAGCGGCAUCAGUCUUUGCAACAUGUUCCAGUUAUCACUACUGAUGUAUAUGAAGAUGUUCUUCCAUAUAAUGUACAUACGAGAAGAAACUCAUCAUCAUAUUCUGCAGCCUCAGAAUAUGAUACUGUUAGUUGUGGUAGCAGUAGCAUUGCCUCACUUGGUAUUCCCUAUAGAAACAGGUUUGAAGCAAACCUUGACAUUGAAGGUACAAAUCACUACAGUGUUCCAAAUCGUCGUGCUAGUCAAGCAUUUAAUGAUCCUGAUGAUCUUCCUUUAGAUAAUAAAAGUCAAGCUUUAAAUCCAUGUUGUAUGGACAAUAAUUUAAAUUCAUGUUGCAUGGAUAACAAACCGUCCAACAGAUAUGUGAAUGUAAUUCCUAUGUCCUCAUCCUAUGAUGAAAGACUCUACAGUAAAACUGGAGAAUUCUCAUUACCAGAAAGUCGAUCUGCAGCUGGUGAUUACAUUUGCGAUACAAAUUCUAUUGAUAAUAAUGGUAUUUUAGGUUGUAGUGAAUCUAUUUGUCAAAGAUCUGUUCCUUGUGAUUUGUCGAGAACAGACAUGUUCAGCCACUCUUAUUCAGAGAAUUCAUUGCAUCGAUCUCAAGCUAAUUCUUUGCAUCAUAAAUUAGAACAUGUACACAUAAGUGAGCCAGAUUUAAAUUUUGACAGUGUUGAAAUGAAAAAUGAUUUACCUCAUGUGUACAGUGUUCCUAUGCUGAAAAAUGUUCUUCCCUGUAAUGGUGCCUUUCAUGAAAAUUCUUAUAAUUAUGAAAAUACUGAGUAUUCUUUUAACACAAAUAGCCCUAAUGUCAAACAAAUUGCAACACCUGUUUUGUUACAAGAAAGUAAAAGAGCUGUUUCUUCAAGCUCAUUAGAAUAUUUUUCACCGAAAAUUAAAACAAAAGAAUGGGUAGAGACAUCUCUGGAUUCUCCAGUGUUGACUAAAAAACAUAAGCCAAAACAUUCUGAAGCAUCUGAUAAUCAUCUCUGCCAUCAGCAGGCACAAUGGGCUGAAAAUGGCUUACCAUCUAUUGACCCUUAUUAUUCUGCUGGCCCUUAUGCAACAUUCCAAACUCAAGAGAACUACUUUGAUGACUUCCACGAUUUUCCUACAAGUAGUGCCUCUACUUUACAAAACUCUCCCCCUCUCUUACAUUCACAGUCUAGCUUAAUGAAUACUCAAGAAGAAAAUAAUUCUAAUACCAAAGGGUUUUUUCCAUUGCAGAUGCAGAGUGAAAGACAACAAAUAAAUGCUAAUCAGUGCAUAUAUUCAGAUGAAAAGCAAUACCAUCAUUAUGAGAAUACAGUAAGUUUGGCAAGAAAUUCCAAUCUUCCUGUCAAUCCUAACAAUUCUUAUAUGCAUGACAGUUAUGGUUCAAAUAGUUUUAAUAUUGAAGUUCCAAAUAGCAGACAGUUAAGUGAACAUUCCAUUUCUGAUGAAUUUGAAAACAAGCCCACCGUCUCUCGGACUGUUGCCGAACCACAGCAACCUCCUAAACAUCCAAAUCGUCGCAUUAAUGUGGCAGAUAAUUUUAUAGAUGAAAAACUGAAUGUCCAAGAUUUUCAUAAUGCACAAAUAACUGAUCAUCAUCAUGAACCUGUGAAUUAUAGAGAAACUCCUUGCACAGUUUACUCAGAAUCGCACUGUGAUAUGCCUGAACUAGCAAUCCAGUAUUCUCACAAUUCCAGUUCGUAUUCUGAAGCAACUCAUGCUUCCAGAUGUGAAAUGUUUCCAGAUGAUACUCAUGAUGUGCAAUCAGGUCAAACUUGGCAGGUUUCUGUAGCUUCUCCUAAAAGUGUUGAAAGUGCCCCUUUGUCACCACCAGUUCCUCAAAAUAUGAGCUUCUCACCCAGCGUGGAAGUAAAUGUUGUGUCAGUUGGUCACUUUCAGCCAUACUGGGAGGAAACUAAACCAUAUGAAUUAGCUGACUUUUAUAAAUACAGUACUAAGCACAGGAAACAGCAGAGGAUAAUACCACCUGCUCAUACAAAUGAAAGUCAAACACAACAGGAUACUAAAGAUUUUUCUAAUCAGCACCAUUUUUAUGGACAGAUCACAAGGGAAACCUCCUGUGCAUCUCAGAGGGAUUGCACUUAUCAAAAUGAAGCACAUGAUCUCUCAAGUGUUGCACAACCACUAAAGUCUCACGAUGUCACAAGCCAUGUUCCUGUAUUUGACCGUACAGGGCAGUUAGGAUCACCUGCCAUGUACUAUGAAGAGAAUUCAUUAAGUCCAACAAUGAAACACAUAGAUGAAAAAGAUAAAAGCCUUUCAUUUGGUGAAAUGGAUAUUAGAAUCUCUCUAGCUGAUACAUUUCAUGAAGAAAUGGUUACUUGGUACCAGAAUCAAGAUUCUGUAAAAAAGGCAACCUUAGUAUGACAAAAAGUAGAAAAUAUGAAAUAUUAAUCUUACAAGGCUAUUUUUCAUUUGGAUUCCAAAAAGAAAAUGUAUAUAUUUAUGUAUUUAUUUUAUGUUGUAUAUAUAGAUGUAUACUGAUCUAUAUGUAUAUUUAUGGAUAUCAGAAAAUAAAUUCUUAAGAAAAUCUGAACAAAUACUUUAUGCAUUUAUUCAAGAUUUACUGCACACUACAUCAAGACUACUAUUGAAGAUAACUAUAUGUUGAUAAAUAAAAACCUGAAAUACUGAUUUAACAUUCAUAUAACUUGUACAUUUAUUUCCAAUCCAUGGAAAAUGCUAACAAACAUUAAAACAGAAGCUGACAUCUAUCAAAUGCAUUAAAGCAAGAAAUAAAAACACAAUAAUUAUAAUUGUAUACAUUUUAAAGUUACUACAUCUCAACAGAUUUUGUACACACAUUUUGUUAAGCACAAGAAUUUCUAAGUUUCAUAUACUGCAUUUUAGCAAGACAUAUAUUAGUUGAUGAUUAAAUAAAUAUAUAUACCAUAUAUAAAUAAAAAAAGAAUUUUAAGAACUGCUUUACUUUCUUAAUUUAAAAAUAGUUUAAUUACAUAUAUAUUAUCACAGAGAAAUAAUUUCAUCUUAAUUAUACCGUUAUCACACAAAUAUAUUUUUGUAAUUAAUAGCCAAACAAAUAAUAAGCUUUUAAAUUUCAUAGUAUUUACAAUCACAGUCAUGCUUUAAAGAAUUUCAUAAUGCAAUUAAUUAAAUUGCUAUUUUAUCUAUGUAUAUUCAUUACAAACUGCAGAUUGUUUGCUUAUUCUUUAAGAUUACAAUAAUUAAAAUGCAUACUUUGAAAUUGCACAAUAAAUUAUAUUUUAACAGCUAGAUAAUUUUUUUAAAUAACAUUUUAAUGUAUGCUUCAAGUAUCUGUAAAUACAAUGCUCCUGUUAUAAAUGUUUCAAUAAAAUAAAGCAUUGAAGUAUUAAGUAUUUGCAUUUUACAUUAUGGGCUAAGAAGCUUCAGCUCGUAAAUUUUAUUUAAAGCCACAGUAAACUGUAAAAAUUUAUCAGUGAAACACUGUUGUAACUUAUAAGGUAAUGCUCAUUUCAAAAAGUUCAGUUAAAUUCUUGUUCUAUAAUGAGAGUAGAACUAUUUCAUAAUUAGUACUGUCAUAUUAACGGUCCCACCAGUGUUCAAGUAGUUAAGAAUAUUGGAAGUUUGAAUGCAGGCAAACGGGCUCAUAGCAUAGUUGGUUUUCAUGGUUUUUUCUAUGUGUAACAUGAAUAUGAGCCACUUUCUUUCACUAAGCCCCCUAUGGAGGCAGAUAGUCCUGUGUGUUUUGCCACAUUCCAAUAACUUAACCUGUUAGGCUAAUAAAUAAUUUGUUUUUGAUAUAAGCAAAACUUAGUGCAAGUCUUUCCAGUUCUGAAUUUUAAAUAUUCCUAGGGUAUAGAUAUAAACUGUUGAUCUAAAAAUUCACAAUUCUAAAAAAGGGGGAGCAGAUGCCUAUACAUAUAGCCCAAAAAUAUUUUAUAAUUCUGUGCUAUUUUAUGAUUUUCCCAAAUUUUAAAGUCCUUCUAAGCCUCUACUUCAUUCUUCUUAGAAUAAAAAUACAAAAUAAUAAAUAACAGGCACAUAACAGAAUCUUAAUUUGCAUGUAUGUUUAUUUUAUGUGCCCAUUUAUUACUUGCAGUAACUAACAUAGUUAUUAUUAUAACAGUUCACAUGAAAGAAUAUACUAUAUACAGUAACACCCCGCUUAACGCUGUUUCGGUUUAGCGCUCUUUUAUUUCAACCCGGGGAUUCCAAGAAAUCGCUCGCAGCAUACGGGGAUUCCCCGAAAUAUUAUGCUGCGAUAGGUUUCAAAUACAUAUCCGA